CGCUGAAAAUGAACGAUUUGUCGGUGGAAUUAUGGACUUUAUUAAAUCAAAAUAUUUCAACGAUGAUAACAUGGGAAUUCAGAGAAGUGUUUGAACCAAAUCAACGUAAUGACCACUGCAAUGGAACGUCGUGCAUAAUACGUUCACAAUGUUGGACUGAUGCCAAACGUUUGUCUGGUCUCAUUUUAAUGUUCAUAGCAUUAUUAUUGGCAGUCAUCAUAAUCUUCAUCAAACAUUUCCACUCUACAUCUACAAGGAACACCAUCUUCAUUAUUGUAACGUUGAUCAUUAUGACUAUCGGUGUUGGAUUACUGAGUCCACCUGGUAAUUGGAAAGAUUACGUCAUAGCUCCUAGUCUGACAUACACAAUAACGAUCCCCGCUGUUUUUCUGGGUGUUCAGCUGAAGCUUAUCCCACGACUAUGGAGAAUACUGUUAUUUUCAUUUUGCUGUAUUUUGGCGACAGCUGGAAUCGCUUUCUUUAUAUCAAGCAUAGUUAAAUGCUGUUCCAUUCCACUGGCAGUUCUGUCCUUGAUUUGUUGGUGUGGUUCAAUGUUUCUUGUGAUCUUACUAACCACAUAUUACAUGAAGAAAUACUGCGAAUCCGAAGAUUACUCUUCACUGUACAUGACUUUGAUAUCUGCGUUCGAGUUUGUGAUACUGUUGAUUAUUUCUGAAAUUCAUGUCAAUUAUUUCGCCCACUGUUGCCAAAAUAGCACAGUUACACAGCAAAACCGUUUUUGAUGACGAUCUAUUCUUCUUUUUCCAAAACAUUACUUUGAAUUUAAAGGUGUUUGAUUCUGUUCAUCAGAAUUAUUCCUUUAUUAUUAUUAAACAUACAGUAUUUUGAUAUACAA